AUGAAUAUUUGUGAAUCAUGUUCAAAUGAGUUCAAUGAUGGAGCGCAAUGUUACGUUUGUAAAAAACACUGCGAUUUUGGUUGUGCUGGUAUAACGGAGCGACGUUUUCGGAACUUAGGAGCAGAUCGAAGAGCACAAUGGAAAUACCUUCAGUGCAAAAAGGUUUCCUUCAGCCCCUCCCGUCCAAGUUCUGAAGCCACCCCUGGUGGCAAUUCUGGUGGGGAGUCGGCGACCCUGGAUGUUAUUCUUAAGGAGAUUCGUGAGAUGAAGAAGCUAGUCACAACAGUUCCAACUAUUAUCGAAGACAUCAAAUCUAUUAAAGUUGAAUUAAUCCAUCUGAAGGAGUCUUGUGAGUACAACAGUAGUUCACUUAAAUCUUUUCAAGAUCAAGACUCCAGUUUGGAACAUGGUGUAUCUCAGAUUGAAAAAAUUCAAAAUUCUCUCGCUGUCGCCAACAAGGAAAUAGCUAAUCUUAAAAGUGUUAUUGAGACCAAAGAACAAUGGUCACGGCUGAGUAAUGUUGAUAUAAAGGGCAUCCCCCUAAAACCCAAUGAAAACCUAUUUGUAAUUGCGGAGUCUUUGGUUAAGCAGUUGGGUAUUAAUUCAAAAAAUCUCAAAUCAAUUACAUAUCCCGAGUACCAAUGUUUAAUACCAAAGAGAAGGCCAUCAUUAUCAAUUUCAUAA